AGUACAAUAAUUGUUUCAAUUUUCUUUUAAUUAUAAUAAAACAAAAGUGAAAUUAUGGAAACCGAAGAUAGAGAUGAAGAAUGUAGUAUUGAAGAAAUUGAGUUUUUACUCGACGAGGAUACUUCAAUUUCAGAUGAAACGGGACCAACGGAGGCUUACGAAACGUUGCCUGUUGGGAAAAAACGAAAAAAGGAAGCAAUUUCCCGUGUUCCAGACGAAGUGGACAAAUCGAGUCCCGUGAAGUUGGUGCAAGAGCCGGCUGAAAGGCUACGUAAAGCGGAAUGGACGAAAAUUGUCUCUCCUGCUUUGAAAGCAACCUUAAAGCGUUCAUUUACAAAAUCAGAAUCAUGUGAAUCAUCUUCAGUCCACUCUUUUACUGACAGUGACGAUGAUAUGAUAGAAGACGGAUUGAACAAACCAAACUAUUAUACUAAUGAGCAACUGAAUCGCAUAGAAACAAAACUGGACAAUAUUUUGUUGAUACUUUCUCAACACGAAUCUGUUCUCAAGAAAGUCAAACACAACGUAAAACUUUUGGAAGAUGCAAGAAUAAAAUCAAAAUUUGAAACACCUAAAGAAGACACCAAAGAGAAGCAAAUAAAGAAGCAUCGUACAAAUCUAAUAACAUUCCCCGUUCCGGAUGACGACUAUUUCUUGCGUAUAGAGGAGCUCGUACAAGGUGAUGAAGAAGUGCGAGAAGAUCUAGUGGAACUUUACAAUAAGGUUGCUUCCGAUAAUGUGUACGAGUGGAUGCGGAAGAACACUUACGCUCUGUUCACUCAUACAUCCAAGUACACCUGGACUGGAAAGGUUUCCAAUAGGGAUCUGAGCGGUGCUCCCUCAAACCCUGCCCAAGGAUUGCAUCUGGUGGAUCUACUUAUUUCCACGGGUUGCGAAAAAUUUCCCAAGAUAUCUAGAGACUACAUGGAGAAAGAAUUUAAACGAGCCUUAGGAAACUUUAACGAUACCAAAUACAUCAAAUGGGUAAAGCGGGCAAAGAUUAAAGCUCAAACAACCUCGGACACGAACGGUGAAGGAGAGUAGAAACCUGCUUGUUCUUAUUAUUUUUGUUUGUUAUAUUUUAAA